CGCAUUUAGCGCAAGAUGUGUCGCGCAUGCGCAGUGCUGUCGUUGGAAGGUUCUGUUGUUUCACUGGAGUUGUCGGUGCUGACCCAGGUGUCAGUAAAGCAGAACCCUGGCUUUGUCUCACUUUCUCCCUGACCACAAGAGGUCAGCAAAGAGGCUGUGGAGUCAGGAGCCCAGCAGGCGCUUCAGGAUGAAUUCAUCACAGAGGGCAUCCGUUUCGUUUGCUGACGUCACUGCCUCCUUUACAGAGGAGGAAUGGUUCCUCCUGGAAGAAUGGCACAAGGAGCUGUACGGGAACGUCAUGCGGGAAAUCCACAAUGUUCUGCUUGACUUGGGUUACCGUAUAGAGAAUUCGGAUGUUCUGUUCCGGAUAAUGCGGGACGAUGAGCCAGUGUACCGUGAUCCAGCCUCUCCCAGGAGUCCCAUGGAAGGUGCCGGACCGAACCUAAUGCUUAGGAUCAGUUCUGUAGGAGAGGAGAUGCCGCCUGGUGAGCUUGAGAUGCCUGAGAGAUGUGCGUCGUCAAACACAGUUCUCUGCACUUCAAACCUGCUCCUUAAAAUAAAGCAAGAGGAUGAUCUGUACGGCGCUCACACAUUUGACUCUAAACCUGUGGAGAGCAGUCACUGUGUUAGUCCAGCUCUUUCAGAUGUGGAGCCGACCUCUGGAAAUGAGAUAAAGUCGGAGCUGCGCCUGCGGCAUCAGUGCGAGAGUGACGAGAGCGCUAAUAGCCUGACGUCUGGAGACUGGAGUCCUACCAAACUCAGCCAGGAAUCUAAGAGUCCCAGUAGCGGAGAAGCUCCUGAGUUACCCCCAAGAGCGCGGAGACGCAAGGGAAUUGCCCGCCAGAUCAAACCUAUGGCCGCCCUCCAUGACUCUGACCAGAACCAACAGACUGACCCCAAAGAGAAUGAAAUUCCUAAGCUCCCCCACCUAAACCUGUUAAACCAAAGUGACUGUAACAGCUUCAAGUUCCCCUUCCCCCAUGUGCAAGCGGGAGAGGACAGCUAUCAGUACAACAGUAAAGAUCUCACAGAGCUAGGGGAGGACGGGCCAAUCAGCUUCCAGCAGCGCGGACAAACAUUCAUCAUCUGUAGCGUGUGUGCUAAAACCUUCUGCAACAAUUCCAGCUUUCAGGUUCACAUGAGAACUCACACAGGGGAGCGGCCAUACAAGUGCACGGACUGUGACAAGAGCUUCAUCCGCAGCUCACACUUAAAGAUCCACCUAAGGACACACACGGGCGAAAGGCCUUAUAAAUGUUCAGAGUGCGAGAAAAGUUUCCGGGACAACUCCAGCUUCGCUAGACACCAGCGUAUUCACACAGGCGAGAAGCCAUAUCAGUGCGCCACGUGCGGGAAAUACUUUCGCAAAAAGUCCAACCUAAAGGACCACUAUAGGACACACACAGGGGAGAGACCGUACAAGUGCAAGCACUGUGAGAAGAGCUUCCACCAAAAGUCCAACCUACGGGUGCAUGAGAGGAACCACCAUGGUGAAGACUGCUGAGAACACAACCUGCUGCCAUUUGUAUGGCGCUUAUUGUAGGGUCACUGAGAGAGCGUGCAUGUCUGUUCCCGUUGGCGCUCUCACCUUACCAGGGCAGUAUCAGCUUGUUGUAGGGUCACUGAGAGAGCGUGCAUGUCUGUUCCCGUUGGCGCUCUCACCUUACCAGGGCAGUAUCAGCUUGUUGUAGGGUCACUGAGAGUGUGCUUGUCUGUUCCUGUUGAUACUGCCCUGGUAAGGUAAGAGCGCCAUCUUUUAAUGACUGUUGGGAUGUGGUGUCCAGUGGACGUGACACACUGGGGCAUUUAUUCUUUCUCAAGAAGCCUUGGUGGAAUUAUAUAGACAGACUAAAUAAGUAUCGCCCUCACUUUAAACGUACAAUAUCAGUUUAUGCAGCACUGGGAAUAGAUACGUCAACUUUACAUGCAACAUAAAAUCCUGAAAUGUUUUCUAGAUGGAAGCCAGCAGCAUUGCCUUGUUCUCUGGCAUUGAGAAGGUUAAUGCCGUAGCCUCGAGAUGGCAUAAAGGGAUUUUGUGUGUAUAGCAGUUGUACUGGUCAUAUAAAUAAAUUGAACAACAUUGAA